AUGGCUCAACUCAUUUCUCGUGAAGAGCGCCAAGGAAAGAUCAAUGCUGCAUGUGCUUCACUUAUUGAGUUUGGUUUCCCCGUGGAUCUGUUUUCAGUGAAGAACAUUUUACGUCUCGGCUACACGGAGGACGAGUUUAUAGAGUUUGUUCAACCCAUUUCCUCUAUCACUGAUAUGAGAGAGUUGGAGUAUCUCUUCAAGGAAGCUCGUCAGAGUUUGCAUUAUUCAAUUUCCACUGAAUUGAAGAAGUUCAUGUACUGUGUGAACUGGAUCACGAAUUCUGAGCGAGGCAAGAAAAUUAUGCUUGCUUUGAAACGCUCCAGAAUGAGUAGUGUUGAAAGUAAAGAAAUGUCUGAGGCUGAUCUCAAGAUUGGUCACAUGAUUGUGAAAUCGGUUGCUUCACGUAAGCAAAGGUGCCGGCAAAUUUCCUCGGAGAUUCAACAGUUGAGGAAACGUCAAGAAGAUUUGGAGAUAGAAUCUGAAAGAUUCUAUUCUGAAUCAAAGGAAGAGUUUGGUCCGUUUUGGGGCUACAAUGAGCUUCCCAUAUUUGAAUUGAGACUUCAGUGCUACGAGCUAUACUUGGAGGAUUGUAAAUCCAAGGGUAUAGAUGCCCUCCCUAUCGAUGAAUUGGGUUUUGAUGUCCUCUUGGAGUCUUUUGGCAGCAUUGUGAAAGAGCGACAUGUUCUCGAGUUCUUGAAAGAACCAAUCAUGAAAGCUCCGUUUCAAAACUAUUUUAGAGAAAAAUUUACUAGUCUUGCUGUUGACGGUGUAGAUAUGAAGUACGUCGGUGGUGGCAACUGGGUGAUUGCUGACUCAGAAGUUUCCGAUGGGAUUUAUAUUCCUGGAGUGAAGGCUACCCACGGCAAGAAGGCAACCGAAGACGGCGAAAAGGCCAAGGAAGGAGUUUCCGAAGACGAAAAGGCCAAAGAAACUGUUCCCGACGGCGAAAAGGCCAAGGAAGGAGUUUCCGAAGACGAAAAGGCCAAAGAAACUGUUCCCGACGACGAAAAGGCCAAGGAAGGAGUUUCCGAAGAUGAAAAGGCCAAAGAAACUGUUCCCGACGACGAAAAGGCCAAAGAAGGUGUUUCCGGCUUUGAAAAGGCCAAAGAAACUGUUCCCGACGGCGAAAAGGCCAAGGAAGGAGUUUCCGAAGACGAAAAGGCCAAAGAAACUGUUCCCGACGACGAAAAGGCCAAGGUAGGAGUUUCCGAAGAUGAAAAGGCCAAAGAAACUGUUCCCGACGAUGAAAAGGCCAAAGAAACUGUUCCCGACGACGAAAAGGUCAA